GUACAGGCUCAUGCUAGUGUUUGGGGAGAGUUUUUUCUGCCUGUUGGUCCCCUUGGGGGGAUUGCAGUUUUUGUAUGCUGUUCGGGACUUGAUUUUUUUCCCCCUCCACAUUACAGGGUUGAAUUGUGCUUUCCUUAGAUUAGUCACAUAUCUGUAAACAGGCAUGGUGGGUUUGAUCUCAAUUUGUGAGCGUCUCCUUGUGUCCGUUUUGUUGUUUAUUACCACUGUAGCAUCUAGCAGCCCUAGCAGUAGCAUCUAGCAGUCCUGGACCAGGACCCUAUUGUUCUGAGUGCUGUACAGACACAGAACAAAAAGACAGUCACUGCCUUAGAGAGCUUAUGAUCCAUUAUGGUUUUAACGUGACUCCAUCAACACUGCAUCUACUCAGUUUAAAGAAACUUUAAUGAUAACUUUAGCCAUUGUUGCUAUGUAUUUGUGUUACUGUACCCAGCAAUCUCCAAUCGAGCAGAGGGCCUCAUUAUGCUGGGUGCUUACAAACAUACAAUAAAAUAUGGUCCCUCAUUCUCUCUGCCAGUUUUUGUUGUUUUAUAGUCAUAUUUUCCUAUUUAACUCUCCCCUGUUGCUAUGUGGGAGACUCUCACAUACAAAAGGGGAAAAUGACUGAUACUGGAGGGAAAAUGUGUCAUUGUACACAAUAUGCUGAAAACCAACUGAAAGCUUUCUCUAUCACUUUAACACUGUAUUAUCUUAGUCAUUUCUUGUGACAAUAGAAGGCUUAAAAAAAACCAAACAGAAGUAUUUUUUUCUUUAAAAUGAUCAUGUCCAUUUUUUACUGCGGGUUGCAUCCUACUGACUAGAGACUUCAGGAGUUUGCUCUUUGGUGAAAAGUGGAGAGAGCUAUAGUAAUGGCGUCUUAUACUUGCAUUACUUGCCGUGUGGCUUUUAAGGAUGCUGACAUUCAGCGUGCCCACUACAAAACCGACUGGCAUAGAUAUAAUCUAAAACGGAAAGUUGCUGACAUGCCACCUGUCACUGCCGAGAAUUUCCAAGAGAGAGUCCUAGCUCAGAGAGCAGUGACAGAGGAACAGAACAAAGUCACUGCCACCUACUGCACAGCUUGCAGCAAGAGGUUCUCCACAUUCAAUGCCUAUGAGAAUCAUUUGAAGUCCAAGAAGCACUUAGAACUUGAAAAAAAAGUUCUCCAGGCUGUCAGCAAGAAGGUAGAAACCUUAAACGAGAAGAACCUGGAAAAGGGGCUGGCCCAGGAGAGCCUAAACAACGAUGAAAUAAAUACAGCUAUUCGGCAAGCCGUCAAGGCCCAGCCAUCCUUGUCUCCAAAGAAGAUACCAUUGCUCCCAACUGAUACAAGCAGCUCUCCACCUUCUGCUGGAGGUAAUUUGUCACAGAGCAGAGAGCAAUUGGAAAAACCUCCAAGGGUACAGUGGUUUGAACAGCAGGCACGGAAACUGGCAAAACAGGAUGCAGAGGAUGAGGAGGAUAUGGAAGAAGGCUGGGAGGAUGCAGAUUCUGAUGAAGUUGGAGAUUCUGAAGAUGAGCAGAUGGAAGGUGCAGUGGGGGAAGAUGAGAAACAGAUUGCCGCUGGUGCAGUACCACUCACAGACUGCUUGUUUUGUCCUCACCAUUCAAGCUCUCUCAUGAAAAAUGUGGCCCACAUGACAAAAGCCCACAGUUUCUUUAUUCCAGAUGUAGAAUACCUUGUGGAUCUCAGGGGACUGAUUAAGUACUUGGGAGAAAAAGUUGGUGUUGGGAAAAUCUGCCUGUGGUGCAAUGAGAAGGGGAAAUCCUUCUACUCAACAGAAGCAGUACAGGGUCAUAUGAAUGAUAAAAGCCACUGCAAGCUCUUCACAGAUGGGGAUGCUGCCUUGGAAUUUGCAGACUUCUAUGAUUUUAGGAGCAGUUACCCUGAUCACGAGGAAGGAGAGGAUGUGCUGAUGUCUGGAGAGCUCCCAGCAGGGAAGAAUUUAGAAUAUGACGACGAAAGUAUGGAAUUGAUCCUCCCUUCAGGUGCCAGGGUUGGUCACCGUUCUUUGAUGAGAUACUACAAGCAGCGGUUUGGUUUGUCAAGAGCAGUGGUUGUUGCUAAAAAUAAGGCGGCAGUGGGUAGGGUGUUGCAACAGUACAAAGCUCUGGGUUGGACAAGCAGUACAGGAGCAGCCCUAGCACAUGAACGUGACAUGCAGUAUCUACAGAGGAUGAAGUCUAAGUGGAUGCUGAAGACGGGAAUGAGUAACAAUGCUACAAAGCAGAUGCAUUUCCGGAUGCAAGUCAGAUUCUGAGCUGCCACAACUGCUCUACAAAGCUUGUUCCAGGAGAGGAGAAUUAAUAGCUUUUUUGGGGGGUGGGGAGGGGAGGGAAUGUCAUUAAAAUGGACCUUGGUCCCUAGCCAAGGACUGUCUGGAUGCUACUAUUCCUUCUCCACCCAAGUCUUGUUAAGAGAUCUUGUAUUCUAAUAACUGUUGGCCUGUCAAAUUUAAGCGUCCAAAUAAAAUAUGUGGUAUAGGUUAGUCACUGGUGUAGAUCAUGCGCAUUCUACUAGUGUCCAUCUUUAUGCAGUAGGUUGUGGUUGAAUAGCUGACUUGGUGUUGUAAUUGAAUUACAGAAAACUGGUGGGAGGGGUGGCUAAGAGAAGAUUCUGAUUAUAAACCUGAGGUGAGAGAGGCCUGUGCUUCAGCCCUUCUGGAUUAGGGUAGAUGAUUUUCUUUUGUAUGAAGUAGGAGAGAGCACUUUACCAAAGUUAUACACUUUCUUUAUAUCAAACAAUCUUGUAAGAGGCACUUUAGACAGGAGUGUUAAAAUCCUUCAGUGGGUGAAUUAAGGAGAGCUUUUCAAAAUGAGCACAUUGCCAGCACAUGAUGAGUGAUAGGUAUCUACUCAGUGGUGUUCAAACUACUAGCUUGGAAAUUUCUACAUAAACUGAAGUAACACUUGACCUAAAAGGAAAUGGUUAUUUUUUGUUCUGAAACCAUAUUUCCAGGGUUUCAGUUAGUAGUUUCUAUCCUGUCAAACUCAGUGUGCCAGGAAACAGUUGGGUUUACAACUAUUACAAGUUGUCUGUUUGGAUUUAACUUCAGUGUAAUGUUUUGACUACUUCAUUAAAAUUAAAGUAUACGUUUAAGGUAC